AUGCGCCUGCCCCGCCCUCAUCUACCUGCCCCGCCCUCAUCUACCUGCCCCGCCCUCAUCUACCUGCCCCGCCCUUAUAGACCUGCCCCGCCCUCAUCUACCUGCCCCACCCUCUUCUACCUGCCCCGCCCUUAUAGCCCUGCCCCGCCCUCUUCUACCUGCCCCGCCCUUUCUACCUGCCCCGCCCUCUUCUACCUGCCCCGCCCUUAUCUACCUGCCCCGCCCUUAUAG